AUGGUUUAGUUGAAGCCACUUGCACAAACACAUUUCAGGCCGCGUUUGUUGUUGGUUGCACUUCGGGCGCUUCCAGGAACUACACGUGCUCAAAUGGAAUAUGAGAAUGGUGUUAUAGAUGAGGUGCUAGCUACAGAAGAGCCGAACCAUGACAAGGAGCAGUUCGAAGAGAUGAAGGCCAUGCUAUCUGAGCUCGCUGGCUCGCGCCGGCACAAGGACGAUGCGGGCGAUAACAACGAAGAUGAAGAGGGACACAGGGCGCUGAAGACGGUUUAUAACUAUCUCCACAAAUCCGGGCCCGAGGCCCGGGCUGAGUUCCGCCGCUAUGACAAGGACGGCAGCGGCAGCCUGGAGCCGGCUGAGCUGGCGCGGCUGCUGCACAGCGCGCUGCCGCAGCUGAGCGCCAGGCAGCUGAGAUACGUGCUGGGGCACCUGCAGCGUCACGACCUGGAUGGCGACGGCUGCCUGAGUUACGCCGAGCUGUGUGUGGCCAUGAGGGCGGUGGACAUCAAGUGGAGGAAGAGGAGGGAGGACGGACACAUGGGCGAUGAGGGCUCAGAGGAGGACGAGGGCGGCUCAGAGGGCGGGCAGGACGUGGGGCAGCAGUGGGAGCUGCAGGAGUUCUCCUACCACGGCCAUUCGCUGCUGCUGGACCCGCGCACCCAGCGCGUCUACUUCCUGCCCCCGGCCGAGGGGGAGGCGAUGGAGCAGGGGGGCGGGGGGGCGGAGGCGGAGGCGGAGGCGUGGUGGGGCGGCAGCUGGCCCGUAGUGGUGGGCAAGAUGGAGUCGGACGGGAGUGUGGCUGUGGCUGCUGCGCUGCCGCCCGACGCGCUGUGGGCGGCCCUGGACACCCACCUACGGGACAACAAGAUGCAGCUGCAGCAGCUGUAUGCGGGCUACGACUCGGACGGCAACGGCCGCCUGGACCCGCACGAGCUGGGGCUGCUGCUGGGGGAGCUGCUGGGAGGGCCGGAGGGCGGCGGCGGGUUCAGACCGGCACAGCUCAAGUACGCCGCGGCCAUGAUGGACGCCAACUGCGACGGCUCCGUGUCCUACGGCGAGUUCCUGGCCGCGGCCCGCGACAGCCUCAAGGCCGCAACAGCGCUCAAGGCCGAGCUGGCCAGGAGGCCGCAGCCGCCGCCCCUGCCCCUGCCCCCGCCGCCGCCAGCACCGCAGCGCUCCGCGGCCCGCCUGUCCGCCGCGCCCUCCGCCACCUCCCUACGGAGCGCCACAAGCAGCUCCAGCCGCCGCCGGCAGCAGCAGCAGCCGCCGGCGCCGGCCGCAGAGCCGUCUGGUGCCGGCAGCGUGCGCAGUGUCCGCAGUGCCCGCAGCGCCGCGCCCUCCACCUCCACCUCCGCCGGGCAGCAGCAGCAGCAGCCGCCCUCGCAGCAGCCCUCCCGCCGCUCAGUGGCGUAUGACGAGGCCGAGGACGCGCCCGCCUCCCCUACCGCCGCCCCACCACCACCGGCGCCGCCCUUGUCGCCGCCCCGAUCAGAGCCGUCGGCGCAGACCUCACAGCUGCCGCCUCCCCCGCCGGAGGAGGAGGAGGCGAUGGAGGAGGAGGAGUUUGCGGCGAUGCAGGAGGAUGACGAGGGGCUGGAGGGGCUAGGGGAGGGGCUGGAUGGGGAGGAGGGGGGCUCGCGGCGGCCGCUGAGCCCGGGUCGGCGCUGGAACCGGCGUCAGGCCGCUGCCGCCACUGCCCGCUGGCUGGCCAGUCGCGCGCCCCUGCCGCCGCACAGCCCCGGCAGCCUGCCGCCGCUGCAGCCGCCGCUGCAGGGCAUGGCCACGCUGCGUGCCAAGCUGCACACGGGCCACAGGUUCCCCGUGUCCGCCGUGGCCUUCGCCCCCUCAUGCCACCUGCUCGCCAGCGCCUCCCGCGACGUCCGGCUGUACGACGUGCGCAGCGGGCGGCUGCGGGUGGUGCUGGACGGGCACGGCGGGCUGGUGCGAUGCCUGGCCUUCAGCCCGGAUGGCCGGCAGCUGUGCAGCGGAGGAGAUGAUGCCGUGGUGCUGGUGUGGAACCUGGAGGCGUGUCUGGCGCUCAGCCGGCCCGGCCAGGUGGCCACACUCACACCCCCGGGAUUUCCCAGCUCCACAAACCCCUCCGCCGGCGCCCCCGUGGCGCCAUCAGGCAUGCCCCUCGCCACCACUACUACUGCUACUGCCGGCACCGCCUCCGGCACACCCCGCAGUAGCAGCGCCCUCGGCAGUAGCAGUGGCGGCGGCCUCGGCAGUAGCAGUGGCGGCGGCGGCGGCUCCUUCCACCCCAUGCAGCGGGUGGUGAGCAAGGCCCUGCGGCGGCACCACAAGCCGGUGCUGGCCAUGGCUGCUACUGCCGACAGCAAGUACCUGGUGACCGGCGGGGCGGACCGCACGGUGCGGGUGUGGGACACGGGCAGCGGCUACUGCCUGGCCACACUGAGGGGGCACCACGGAGACGUGACGUCUCUGGCGGUGUCCUCCAGCGGCAAGCACAUCUUCAGCGGCGGCAGCGACCGACUGGUGUUUGUGUGGGACUUCAACACCGGGGAGUGCGUGCGGCAGCUAAAGGGCCACAAGGGCGCCGUGAGCACCAUCAGCCUGGCGCCUGACGGCCAGUGGCUGGUGACCGGCGGACACGACAAGGCCUUGCGUGUGUGGGACGCCUCCAACGGCACCGAGCUGGCGGUGCUGCCGGCCCACGGCGGCGCCUUCGGGGUGGUGAGCAGCGCCCUGUCGCCCUGCGGCGCCCUCAUCGCCAGCGGCGGCUACGACCACCUGGUCAAGCUGUGGGACGCCAACAGCGGACUGGCGGUGGCCACUCUGGAGGGGCACAGGCACAUGGUGUCCUCCCUGGCCUUCUCCCCAGACGGCUCCCUGCUGGCCACUGCCGGCCGCGACGACGAGGUGCGGCUGUGGGACUGCAACACCCGCUACCCCUACCUGUCGCCCGCCACUGGAGGGACGGCCGGAGGCGGCACCAGCACCAGCACCAGCAGGCGGCCCAGGACUGCCGGCGGGGCCAGCAGCGGCGGUGGCGGUGGCGGUGCCGGCCUGUACACGACCAUGUCAGUGGGGGCGGCUGGGAGCAAUGACGGCUCGCCGAAUGGGACCGGGGCGGGGCGCGGGGGGGUGGCGGAUGCCCCGGUGCCGCGGCCGGCGGAGCAGGCGUUCAACCGGCACUGGGAGUGCUUGUUCGGGGCGCGGGGCCGGGCGGCAGGCAAAACGGCGGCGGAGGCGGCGGCGUUUGCCACGGCCACGGAGCGGGGGCGGGUGUCCUCCCUGGCCUUCUCCCCAGACGGCUCCCUGCUGGCCACUGCCGGCCGCGACGACGAGGUGCGGCUGUGGGACUGCAACACCCGCUACCCCUACCUGUCGCCCGCCACUGGAGGGACGGCCGGAGGCGGCACCAGCACCAGCACCAGCAGGCGGCCCAGGACUGCCGGCGGGGCCAGCAGCGGCGGUGGCGGUGGCGGUGCCGGCCUGUACACGACCAUGUCAGUGGGGGCGGCUGGGAGCAAUGACGGCUCGCCGAAUGGGACCGGGGCGGGGCGCGGGGGGGUGGCGGAUGCGCCGGUGCCGCGGCCGGCGGAGCAGGCGUUCAACCGGCACUGGGAGUGCUUGUUCGGGGCGCGGGGCCGGGCGGCAGGCAAGACGGCGGCGGAGGCGGCGGCGUUUGCCACGGCCACGGAGCGGGGGCGGGCGCGGGCGGCCAGUGCGGGGCGGGCGCGGCCGGGCACGGCGCCGGCUGGCGGGCGGCGGUGGUGAGGGCAGGGUCCGUGGUGGUGGAUGAUGGGGAUGACGAGCGUGCGUGCGGCUUGUUCCGUGGCGCGUGGCUGUGUGUGUAUUGUUCGAGGUGGCUUAUGAUGCUGCAGCAUGCGCGUGUGCGUGCGUGUGUAUGCUGUGUGGUUGCACAUGGUUACGACAGAGCCAUCGCAGGUUGCACGCGGUGACGGUAUUCAGACUAGGAGGAUGACUGACAGAAGACUGAGACGGACUGCCGAAAUGCAGGCCAAACAGGUUAGGAACCAAAUGGGCGAGGGCGAAGCGGAUAGCAGGAGCUCAUAGUUAUAGUAAUGUGAGUGCAUGCUGCAGCGGGUGCCAUUGCAUUUUGCAACGGGUUGCAAGUUGCGUGUGGGCUACCUUUCGUUGUGUGCGCACAGGUGUGUGGGUGUGGACUGGUCAAAGCCGGCCACAGGGACUGGAUGUCAGGAUGUUCUUAGCAACCUCUACAUGGUAAUAGACGCAAGAUUGCGAGGUAGGGUAGAGUCCGAGUCUGAGUAUCACAGGCGAUGCCUCCAGCCUCCGCUAGGCUUACGACGCACAUCCCACCUUCUAACCUUGUGUACUUGCUGCUGGCCUCAUGAAGCCAUGCUAUGCGUUUCGCGCACCAACAGACGUUGGCCUUAACUCAG